AUGACUCCUGAGGAGAUUAAACCGAAUUUGGUUCCCCCAGAGCCAAUCGCGAUAUGUGGCAUGUCUGUACGUCUCCCCGGAGGCCUACAUACACCCCAACAGCUAUGGGACUUCUUGAUUGCCAAAGGAGAUGCCCGUGGUAAAGUGCCAAAGUCCAGAUAUAAUGCCUCCACAUACUAUUCUGACACGCAGAAACCGGGCAGUAUCAAGACCGAAUAUGGAUACUUCCUGGACGAAAGUAUUGACAUUGCCUCUGUGGAUACAUCUUUCUUCACAAUGGGGAAGUUGGAGGUAGAGCGCAUGGACCCACAGCAACGGCAGAUGCUGGAGGUUGCCAGGGAGUGCAUGGAAGAUGCCGGAGAAACGAACUGGAAAGGACGACCAAUUGGCUGCUACAUGGGCAGCUUUGGUGAAGAUUGGCUUGAACUUUACGGCAAAGAAACCCAGCAGUAUGGGCAGUAUCGAGUGAGCGGAUAUGGAGAUUUUAUGCUGCCCAACCGGGUUUCAUACGAGAUGGACCUGACGGGACCAAGCAUGGUCAUGCGUACUGCAUGCUCAUCAGGCCUUGUUGCACUACACGAAGCAUGUCUGGCGAUUUCCAGGGGCGACUGCGAGGGAGCCAUUAUUGGCGGCGCCAACUUGAUAAUGUCACCAGGCAUGACAGCCGCCAUGACUGAGCAAGGCGUGAUUUCACCCGAUGGGUCUUGCAAAAGUUUCUCUGCCGAUGCCAAUGGCUAUGCACGAGGAGAGGCAAUCUCUGCUAUCUUCAUAAAACCCCUGGCUGAUGCCAUCCGGGAUGGAAAUCCAGUUCGAGCGGUUAUCCGUUCGACAGCAUCCAACAGUGACGGAAGGGGUGCUGGUACCGGAACCCAUGUUCCUAAUGAUAUUUCCCACGAAGCCAUGAUUCGGCGUGCAUAUGAGGUGGCAGGUAUUGCAGACUACUCCCAGACUGCGUUUGUCGAGUGUCAUGGUACUGGCACCCAGGUUGGAGAUCCCAUUGAAACCCGAGCAGUGGGCCGGGUUUUUGGCCCUUCUGGUGGUGUUCUCAUUGGGUCUGUCAAGCCCAACCUUGGUCACUCUGAAGGAGCCUCGGGGAUCACAUCCCUGAUCAAGUCGGUACUGGCCCUGGAGAAUCGUAUCAUCCCUCCAAAUAUCAAGUUUAAGGAGCCCAACCCCAAUAUUCAGUGGGAUGACUAUGGACUCUCUGUUCCCACAGAGCCGAUGCCAUGGCCUGAGGCUCGGAAGGAGCGAAUCAGUGUGAACUCAUUUGGAAUUGGAGGUACUAAUGCUCAUGUGGUCCUUGAUUCUGCUCAGAGCUUCGGCGUCUCCCCCAUUCCCUCACGACAAACAAUUUUGCCGCAGCUGCUUGUUUAUUCUGCAAACAAUGCUGAUUCACUAAAGCAAAUGAUCUCCAACUAUACAGACUAUAUCCAGAAGAACCCAACCAGAGUUGCCGAUCUGGCGUUCACACUAGGUAAUAGAAGGGAACAUCUGCCUCAUCGGGCAUUCUCCGUGAAAAGUCCAUUGGGUCCGCUCACGACUUCAGCGCCCUCAAAAACUUGCGAGGCACCAAACAUCGUCAUGGUUUUCACUGGCCAGGGUGCUCAGUGGCCACAAAUGGGUUGCUCCAUGAUCCACAACCCCGUCUAUCCCGCAUUUAAGAAGAGCAUUCAAGAUCUUGACUCACAUUUGCAAACCCUCACACACGCUCCAGAAUGGAGAAUUGAAGAAGAACUCUUGAAAGACCCAGAUACUAGCCGACUCGGUUCAUCCGAGUUUUCCCAGCCCAUGUGCACGGCAAUCCAAGUGGCUCUGUUCGACACUUUCGCUUCCGUUGGGGUUCAGCCAACUGCUGUCGUGGGUCACUCUAGUGGCGAAGUGGCUGCUGCAUACGCUACCGGUGCCAUCACGGCCAACGAAGCGAUCACAAUUGCGUUUUAUCGAGGUCAAAUCACCAAGCUACAAAUCAAACCUGGGGCCAUGGCGGCUAUAGGUAUGGGUACCGAGGAGGUCCAGAAAUACCUACAGGCUGGUGUCGUCGUUGCUUGCGAAAACUCGCCUAAGAGUGUUACCCUCGCUGGUGAUACACAUGCUAUUGAAAAUGCAGUUGCCCGGAUUAAGGAGGCUCAUCCCGAGGUCCUGGCUAGGCAGGUGAAAGUCGACAAGGCUUACCAUUCACAUCAUAUGGCUGAGAUAGGCGACGAGUACUAUGCUUUGAUUGAACAUGAAGUAUCCCCCAAGACCCCAAAUAAGUUGUUCUUCAGCAGUGUCGAGAACAAGCUGUUCACCGAAGCCCAGAAUUUCGGCCCCAAAUACUGGCAGAUGAACCUGCAGUCCCCAGUGCUCUUCCGCUCGGCUGUCUCAUCUAUAAUCAAGCAUCAGAUUGCGAAGAAUAUGGUGCUACUUGAAAUUGGGCCGCAUUCCGCUCUUGCAGGUCCUUUACGACAGACCCAGUGUCAUCUUUCCACUUCUUCCCCUUAUAUUUCUACAUUCAUUCGCAACCAGGACAGCACUGAAUCCUUCCUGACUGCCAUUGGGCAGCUGUACGUUCUAAAUGCUGUCUCCAAGCUGGAUAAGGUCAUUAUCGAGGGCUCUACUCUCCCAGAUCUUCCAAGGUACCCAUGGGAUCAUUCGAAAAGUUUCUGGUACGAGUCUCGGCUGAGCAAGGAGUGGAGACACCGCGAGCACAAGUAUCACGAUCUUUUGGGUGUCCGGGUAACUGAGAGUCCUGAUUGUCAUCCUAUUUUCCGAAAUCUCUUCCACUUGGACAACGCCCCGUGGAUCCGCGACCACAAGGUCGGCGACGACAUUGUCUUCCCCUUCGCUGGAUAUGCUGCAAUGAUUGGCGAGGCUGUGAGACAGCUUACCGGAGUCAGCGAGGCAUUCAAACUACGCAAUAUAAUUGUCAGCAUCGCCCUUGUCUUAAAUGAAGGCCCACCAGUUGAGAUCAUGACAACACUACAUCGCCAUCGAUUGACUGAUUCCCUCGACAGUGAAUGGUGGGAAUUUACCAUCUCUUCUCACAACGGAGCCAGUUGGACCAAACACUGCUCGGGCGAGAAUGCGACCUCGGAACUUGUUGCAAAAGAGACUGAUGGGGAGAACUAUCAUCUGCACCCCACAGUCAUUGAUGCCUCACUGCAGCUUCUCAGUGUGGCUGCUUCCAAGGGAUAUGCCGAGCAGAUAACCAAGAUAAUGGUUCCUACACACAUUCAAGAAAUAACCAUUUACCGCUGUUAUGAGAAUCUCCAGGUCCAAGCUUCCGCAUCUUACACCCCGAACGGCUCUAUCGUCGGUAGUAGCCAGUGUAUUACUGCAGCGGGCAAGGUUGCUUUACGCAGUUCUGGAAUUAAACUCUCUGUUCUCGACCGUCAGGACUCUGACAAAGCAGGCGACGCCACUGCUCGUGCAGAAUGGGCUCCCCAUAUUGACUUCCUGGACAUCAACACUCUCAUCAAGCCAUUAAUUGACCGCAGUGACUACAUGCUCACUUUGACAGAGUUAUCCCAUCUUUGUAUGAUCUACACACAGCGUGCCAUUGCAGAACUGGAUAGUCCGAUCAGCCACAUGCACAAGUAUCGAUCAUGGAUUGAUCAACACCUCCUGUGCGUGGAUUUGCGGAGCUUCCAGAUUCUCGACAAUACUGCCAUUGCGCAGCGAGUAAAGGAACUCGUUCACCAAAUGUCCCAAACCAACGGCGCCCAUCUUGCUGUUGGUAUUGAGGUGGUUUUCAACAACGUCCAGAAGAUUUUCACCGGGGAGGCCGAGGCUCUGGAUCUCCUUCUAGCCGAUAACAUAUUGGCCAACGUCUAUAACGCUAUGGAUCAGUGCGAUAUUUCCGAGUUCAUCAUGAGAUUGAGCCACAGCAAGCCUAAUCUGCGUAUCCUCGAAAUAGGUGCGGGAACCGGCGGGUCCACAGCUAAUCUUCUGAAGCUGUUGACACCUGGGAACAGGAAGCUGUACACGAAUUACACAUUCACUGAUAUCUCAUCUGGAUUCUUUGUCGCUGCAAAGGAUCGCUUUGCCAGUUACCAAAACAUCGAAUACGCUACUCUCGACAUUAGUAAGGAUCCCUCAGGUCAGGGGUUCGAUGGUCGCAAAUACGACCUAAUUCUGGCCACUAAUGUCAUCCACGCCACUGCAUCUUUGAACGACAGUCUGACCGGUUGGUGGUACGGCGAUGCUGACGGUCGGUCAGACGAGCCGUAUAUAGGCGUUGAACGCUGGGCUGCAGAACUCCAGGCAGCUGGAUUCCGCACUCCUGAGGCUGCAGUGUUGGAUUCAGAUCAUCCAUAUCAAUUGAACGCCAUGAUCGUGGCCAGACCGGAAAUUGAUAUCACACCUCAGAAGCGCGUCACGCUCUUGACCCUUUCCGAAUCAAGAUAUGUUGGCCCUUUGCUUCAGGUGCUAGAAGACAGGGAUACUCCGUUCAUCAUUCCCGGUUUGGCGAAGAGCCUCUGCCUGACGGACAAGAUGAACUUGAUUGAGAGUCUAAAUGAAUGUGGUAUUCUCUGGUUGACUCGCUUAUUACAAGCCAAAUGUCAGGACCCGAGAUUUGCUCAGAUCAACGGCAUAGCGCGGACGAUUCGCAAUGAAUUGCUUGUCGACUUUGCUACUUGCGAAAUUGAUAAUCUCGAUGUCUCUUUGGAGAAACUCAUCGAUGUAUAUGAGAAGUUCCAAGUCCGCCAGGAGGACGAAACGCUCAAGCCUGAAUUCGAAUACGCUAUUGUUGACAAUACUGUCCAAGUUGGGCGAUACCAUCCAUUCUCAUUGAAAGAUGAGCAACAGGCGUCAUGUUCAAAUGGUAGCAUGGCUCUUCGAACGAGUAAGCCCGGCCGCUUGGCUGCGUUACACUGGGCCCACGAAGAUACCAAGACUCUGAAAGGAGAUGAGGUGGAAAUCGACACGUAUGCAACCGGUUUGAAUUUCAAGGAUGUCUUAUGUGCUAUGGGCAUUGUUGAAGCGAAAGACAAUGAAUUUGGCCAUGAAGGCGCUGGCAUAGUCCGUCGCAUCGGUACAGAAGUUCAAGGUCUGAAGGUCGGUGACCGCGUCAUGUUCGUUGGGAGCUGUUUAUUUGGGACACAAUUAGUUCUCUCUGAGAACCUUUGCGAGAAGAUCCCAGGUGGUUUAAGCUUCAAUGAUGCGGCGAGCAUGCCUUGCGUAUUCAGUACAUCAAUAUACUCCAUCUUCGACGUUGGAAAUCUGAAGAAAGGACAGUCCAUUCUCAUCCAUAGUGCCUGCGGUGGAGUUGGCAUUGCGACUAUUCAGCUUGCUCAAAUGGUCGGUGCGGAGAUUUACGCAACUGUCGGUAACGACAAGAAAGUUAAGUAUCUCAUGGACACAUUUGGUCUUCCGCGGAACCGAAUCCUCAAGUCCCGUAAUACCUCGUUUGUCGAAGAUAUCAUGCGGGAGACAAAUGGACAGGGUGUCGAUUUGGCAUUGAACUCAUUGUCUGGUGAACUACUCCAUGCUACAUGGAAAUGCAUUGCACCGUUCGGAAAGAUGGUCGAGAUUGGCAAGAGAGACUUGCUUGGCUCUGGAAAACUUGACAUGACUCCUUUCUUAGACAACCGAAGCUACUGCUGUGUCGACUUGGAUCAAAUUUGUUCCAGAAAGCCGACCCUUGCAAAGAAGCUUUUGAAGGAAAUUGUGGAACUACUCAGAGAGCGCUACAUCUCUCCUAUCCGACCCAUCAAAGUCUUUAGUUCCGAUGGAAUCCACGACGCCUUCCGUUACAUGCAGCAAGGCACUCAUCUAGGAAAGAUCGUCGUUUCAAUGCGGGAUGCUUCAGGUCAGGUCAGCGCAGUACAAAAUAUCCAGCAACGGAAAAAGCCCAUCCAACUCAACAGCUCCGGCGCAUACCUGCUCGUAGGUGGCCUCGGAGGUCUUGGCCGGGCUGUAUCUACGUGGAUGGUCCAGCGUGGAGCUCGUCAUCUCAUAUACCUUUCCCGAACUGCGGGUUCAAGCGAAACCCACCGGGAAUUUGCCCAAGAGCUUGCCAGUAUGGAUUGCCGCGUCGACUUUGUUCAAGGUAGCGUGUCCAACAUCGAAGAUGUGACCGCCGCCAUCUCACGGGCUCAAGGCCGGCUUCGCGGUAUCUUGCAGAUGUCCAUGAUGCUUUGUGAUCGCAGUUUUGCACGCAUGACACUGGAAGAGUGGAACUCGGCUGUUGAUCCGAAGGUCAAGGGAACAUGGAAUCUUCAUAAUGCUUCGAUAUCUGUCAAUGCGGAACUUGACUUCUUUGUUCUGUUCAGUUCGGUGUCUGGUGUCUUUGGACUUCCUGGUCAGAUCAACUAUGCUGGUGCCAACACGUUCUUGGAUGCCUUUUCUCGAUACCGGUUAAGUUUGGAACUACCGGCUUGCGCUAUCGCUCUCGGUAUCGUCGAGGGGGUAGGUUAUGCUGCCGAGCAGGAUGAAAUUUUGCAAAAGCUGAAAGCUGCUGGUGGCCUGGGCAAUACGGUUUCAGUAGCCGAGCUGCUGAGCGCGGUGGAGGCAGCGAUGACAUCUACGCCAAGUAAAUCAAGACUAGAUGCAAGCAACUUCGGCGUUGGAAUUCGUCCCAACUUCCCUCUCGCCGAUCAAAGAAACCGUUUGAUCUGGAAGAAGGACAUCCGAAUGUCGGUGUUCCAUAAUGCUGCAACAGCCGGUACCACCGUGACCUCUGCUUCUGGCGGUGGCCUGGAGACCUUCAUCACACAGGCCAAGGGUGAUGCGGCGCUACUAGGCCAACCUGGUUCUGCUGAGCUGCUCGCUGUGGAAAUCGGAAAGAAAGUGUUUAGCUUCUUGUUGAAGCCAGAAGAAGAUUUGGUGACGUCUUGCUCCUUGUCCGAGCUUGGAAUGGACUCUCUCGUGGCAAUUGAGGUAAAACAGUGGUGGAAGGCGACAUUUAAGUUCGAUAUCAGUGUCCUUGAAUUGAUGGGAAUGGGCUCCCUCGAUAUACUCGGGGAGCACGCUGCUCAUGGCAUGCUUAGGUUGUUCCAUGGUGUACAAGAGCAAGCGGAUUGA